AUGUCUGACGCAGGCCGCAAGGAUUUCAUGACCAAGGCUAAGGAGGAAAUUACUCCUGAAUCUGCCAAAUCUACACAGCAGAAAGUGCAGGAGACCUUCACUGACACCACGGACCGCAUCACUCGUGGAGCUCAGCCAGACAGCCAUAAGGGAGUAGGCCAGGAAGCUUUCGACAAGACCCAGCGCAUGCAUGACAACAAUAAUGGCGGCGCCGCUGCCACUAUUGGCGACAAAGUGAAGAACGCACUCGGCAUGGAUAAAUAG